CAGGCGCAAACUCGUAGGACUCGUACGAAAAUACGAAAAUUGUAUUUGGACGAGGGGGACGAGGCCUAAGACGCAUGAUCAAUUUUCUGUCUGUCCCUAUCUUUUGUAAAGAUUUCCCACGGUCAGCGAAUGACUAUCGAUUUAAAAUAAAUAGGACAAAAGACCUAAGGCCCUAAAAAUGUGGACUUGGUGUUGGGUUUGAUAUUUUCUGUGCAAAACUAAAAUGUUUGUUAGAGCAGUGCUGUGUUUUUCGAUCUUACACUUUUAUAGUGUAGCGGCCCAGGGUGAGUGCACAGAUUUGCGCGGCAGGCUUAUAUCAAACGGGCUGCACUAUGUACCCGGCCCGGAUACCUGCACCCUCUGCGUGUGUGAUAAUGGUCUGCCGAAAGUAUGCAAGGCGGUACUGUGCUCUCCUCCUCAGGAUUGUCGGUCAUUCCGUGUGGGAACCACAUGCUGUGAGUUCAUCUGCCUGGAUGAUGUAGUUAAGCCAGCAGAAGGCACUGAAGCCAAUGUGCGGGUGGCAGCGGGAGGCGCGGCAGCUGUAGUCCUCUUAACUGUGGCUCUUGUUGUCUAUAGAGUGAGAAAGCAGAAGAGACGUAGACCACCUCACAUGGAAGAUCAACGGAGUUUGACCAGCAUUGGAUACAUAAGUGGCAGUAUGGGCUACAUGGGCGGCGGCUGCGAGACGGCGGCGCUGGGCGCGUGGAAGCCGCCGUGCAACUACCUGCCGCGCGGGGAGGCGCCGCCGCCCUACGAGGAGGCCAUGGCGCAGUGCCGCCAGGAACCCGGCAGAGUGGGCAGCGACGCAGCGUACCACCGCACGUACGCGGCGGCGGAGGCGCGCGACGACGUGUGCGCCUCGCACGCCUACGUCAACUUGCCCCGACCGCUCACUCAGAUCGCGAACACUCAGAACUGCUUCAACGCGCCACUGCUGCAGCCGGUGCACCCGGCCGAGGUGCGCGACACCGUCGUCAUGCCGCAUCCCUUGGCUCCUAACAUGGGAGGCGGCGCGCGGCUGACGGGGUCCCUGGGCGCCAUCAGCGCGCGGCUGAGCGUGCCGCGCGACGACCACGAGCGCCCGCACAACGUGCCCGGCUUCUACGCUACGCACACCGCGCUACAUAGAACGAUCCCGCGCAUCUCGACCGCGGUGGACACAUCGACGCUGGAGGCGAUGGGGCUGGGCUUCACGCGCGCUGACCGCUCGCUGCAGGGCGAGGUGCGGCGCUCCUUCCACCGGCCCGUCGACCGCGCCGACCGCAUCGACCGCAUCGACCGCGCCAACACCGGCCGCAGCGUGCCGCGCAACCUCAACAUCGCCUCCGCCGCCGCCGCCACCGCCGCCACCGCCGGCGUGCCGGAGACUGACGACGUAUUGUCGCUGCGGUCGGUAGGGGGCCGCGCGCGCGCUCACAGCGAGGAGCAGGACGCGAAGGCCAAACCGCAGCCCGAGGCCGCCCAUCCCACGCUUCCCCUCACCGUCGACAAGCCGUCGUGCGUGUGCAGCUACGCGGGCAGCGCGCGCGCCGAGGACGCGGACGACUACCGCAGCGAGUGCGAGAACUGCCACUCCGCCGCCAACCCGGGCUGGGAGGAGGCCGGCGAAGGUGCGGAGGGCUCGGGAUGGGGCGGCACGCAGACCCUGCAGCGCCGCGCGCCGCCGCCGCCCGCGCCGCCGCCCGCCACGGCGACGCUGCCGCAGCCCGUCACCAGGCACGGACGUAACACAUUGGACAAUCCAUCGAACUGGGAGAACUGGUUCAACACCAUCCCCGAUUCCGACAGCGAGUCUGAGGAAGAAUGAGACAUGACCACUUUGAUAUAAUUUUUUUUUGACCAUUGACUUGAUGUACCAACAAGACUUACAGUAGCCGGCAGGAAAUAUUGUACAUCGACCUUUAAAAAGAGAUUUCGACUUUGUAGUCAGUCUCAAUGACAGAGACAAUGCUCUACGAGACCACUUUCUCUUUCUAAAGGUCGAUGUACUAUAUUGCCUGACCGGUACUGUGCAAUCAUGCUCCAAAUAUUUGAGACAAACAAGUGCUCACGCCCAUUACUGGGCCAUUUUUCGGUCCAAGUCAGAUGUUCUAUUAAACGAAGACCGUUUGGCUAUGUUUGUGUGAGUGCGCAUGUACACAUUGUUAUAGUGUGCGUAGAUGCGCUAACGCUUAUCGGAACAAUCACUACAACCCAAAUUGAACAGUGAAAUAGAACAACUAUAAUUGAAAUUGCACCUUACUGUAACGAUAUUAUGUCUCAAUUUCAAAGUUAAAGUUAUUGCUUGCUAACACAACGCCUCGCGUUCGGACGUUUUUUGGUAAACUUUUCUUAUAUUGGUAGUCUUGUUUGUAUAGUAAAGUCAAUGGUAAAGACAGAUUGGCCCCAUGAACGCUAUGUCUCAGUUACAACGUUGGUGUACAUAUUUUAAUCACGUUUUGUGUCCGUCGUGCACGUGGCAUACGUACAAAUAUCCCUUUUACUUUCAUACGUCGAUCUGUGUGCUCAGUAUGAGAUUUUACAUCUCACCGACUUUGAUAGAAUUCGAGCGUCAAAAAACUUGUGUUUAAGCUUUUGCUUAAACACAAGUUAAAUAUCGUAUCUUAAUGCUCAAGUUCGUUCAUACAGCUAUGGCCAGUGUUUCGAGCGAAAACCUUUUGAAAUUAAAAUCGAUGAUAUUUAUUCCACAAUUCGAGUUGACUCACUAUAUGCGUAUCGAUAAGGUUUUCGUAUUAACCCGGGAAAAGUUUAUAGUACCGCGAAAGAUACGAGAAGCGAUCGAAAUUAGCGCCACCCGAAUUUCAAUCAUAACAAUGCAUGCAUAUAUUAUACCUAAAUGAAGCAAGUUUAGGUCUAUUUUACUCUGACGUUUUUGUUUUUUGACACUCGAAUUCUAUCUGUGACGUAAAAUCUCAUAAUAAGUAGACAUCGUAGGUCGAAGUCCUGUGUGAGAUUCUUUCAUUCACAAGUUAGUUGCUAAUCCAUGUUUUCAUACAAAAUAAUGUGUCCAAAUGUCAUAUGGCUCUCCGUUACGUUCGUGGGCCCAGUUUGUAUUUGCCUUUACACCCGCUCUUAUGUAAUUUAAGUUAGUAAAAAGAAAAACUAUUAUUUAUGUGUCAUCAUGUCUUCCCUAUUUUUUUCAUACGUUCUUUCACGUGAACUUCUCAUAAGCUAUGGAAACUAUUGUUAUGUAUAAGGGUUAGUAUAGAGGUGACAUUCCCACAUAAUUUAUUGUUUAUUUACACAAAUUAUUAUUGUUUAUUUUUGCACAUAGUGUGUUCUAAUUUUAUAUGGAGAUUUUUUUUACACUACCUAUUAAGUUUUUACACAAUUUUACCAAAGAAUUAAUUCUUUUGUUUUUAAGAAGAUUUACAAAUUCUGCGUUUAUUUUUACUUUCUGUUAGUAAAUCUAUAAGAUUUAUCGGUAAACGGGGGUAUUUACUGAAAACUUGGUAGCGUUCCAAAGUUUUCAAUUGUGGCUAGUUUAGAAGAAUUCCUUUAGGUAUCGCUAGAAUGUAAGUUUUACUAUAGAUUUGAGAAAGAAGUGAGGUAUGAUGCGUACAUUUUGAGAUCUCACUCAACUCUAUGUAUAAUAAGGACUAAAAUCGAUUUUGACGUGACAGUUGACACAUAUGUAGAGUUAAAAUGGUGAGUGAGUUCUCAUUUUGUACGGAUUAUAUGUUUUGAAAUCGCACGGCGUGGAUAGGACCUUACAGAGUGGAUUAAAAAGCAACAACCAACCAAGACGAUAGAAAUUAAGUAUUAAUAGUAUUAACCAGUUCUUAGUCUACUAGGUCUCCUCUCUUAACAGUGCGCUCCGAAACAUCUAACCCGUGGCAAUAAAAUUAAUGUAUGAAUAGUUAACCGAAAUUCCCGUAGUGCAGGUUAGUUCACAAAUUUAUUUUUCUACAUUAAAUCCAGUGUUUUAAGAAUUUAAUAAGUAGCUGUGUUUAGUGUUAAAAUAGGAUAUAAUGGUGCCAAAUUGGGAAAUGAAUACAAGGAAAAAACGAGAAUGUCGCCAACGAAUUCACGUUUUUACAUGUCGUAGCUAGGUAGACAUUCGAGAAUUUAAAUCUUUUCUAUUUAAAUAGUAGAGGAAAACUAGUGAGUUUGCCUUGUGGACACAGAGCAAGUAGUGGGCUUCUUGCGCGGGUAGAAAAUGUUUGGGUUAAGGUUGCCAGUCCACGAAAGCGGAGAUGAGUCAAGCAGACCAAUCAGCUGAUUGAUUAUAGAAAGCAUCCUCAAUCUCAAUUGUUGUAAUUGGCUGAAUGUAUGAUAUUUUUUCUGAAAAAGUACAUUUUAGCCAAUAGCAAAAGAGUGUUAGCCAAUCAGAGAUGAUUGCGAUCGUCAAAAUGCCGUUGUUAUUUUAUGGUAAGCUUAUUGAUAAUUUUAUCUCGUCUUCUCUUAAAAUCUGAUUAGUCGAUUGAACACAACGUACGCGCAACACGGGGGAAAUUACAUUUUCGCCGAGCGACAUCACGGGCGGUCGUUAGUAUAAUUAGUUUUUUUUUGCUCGAAAAUCAAGUAAUUUAGUCCGCCAAAAAACUAGAAGGCAAACUGAUAGAAUUAUUUCCCAAUAUCUGUAACGCGUAAAAUUUAAGUACUCUCGCGCCAUUUUAUCUUUAAAUGCCAAAUUUUAUGUCAAAAGUGCUAUUUUAGUCCUUAUUUUAAAAGUGAACCGUACUUUUGACAUGACAGUUGGCCCACAGGGUUAAAAUGGCGCGAGAGAAGUCAGUCAUUCGACCAAUCAGAUUAUUGAGUGUCCGCUCAGAUCCGCUUCGGUGGGAACGCACCCUUAUACGGUGUGAAUUUGGGGAUCACUAGCUCUUAGUCCAAUAGUUAUGAUCGAGCCACAUUGAAGAGCUAGUAAUGAUUAAGUAAUUAAUACAAACAGGUGUAUAAUAAAUAAGAUUAUAAAACUAUUUUUGAAGGGAAAAUAUCGGACGGCGACGCUAUAUGUUGAGACGAACAGAUUAUAUUUUAAUAUUUAAUAGUUAUCGAUGUUAUUUCAUAUACCCUUUGAGAAAAUACACUAACAAGGGUUAAUGUUCGAAAUUCAAACAAAAAUUUAAUUGAAAAUUAGCAUGUUGAAGUUUAAAAUUACAAAAUGCAAUUGAAUAGGAAAACACUUUUGCAUAAAAUAUAAGUAACUAAGUAAGUGUAACAAGAAAUAUUUAGAUUUUAUUUUUAAUUUGAAUAAAGUUAAUAAUUCGGACAUUAACCUUAACGGAUAGAUUAGUAGGUACGAUGCGAAAGUUCUAAUCUAUUUUUGAUUAAAAUAAAUUUAGAUAAGGAAUCGAUAGUAGUAAGUGAGUGAGUUCUUUCUGACCGUUUUUGUGGUUCAUUAACUUUAACAUUUUGGUGUAGUGUCGUGUGUACUUACACUGCUUUAAUUAUUAAAUAAUUUAAUAAUAGUACCUAAUAAAAAAAGUCAGACCAAUUCCAUAUUUCGACACCUGCAAAGAAGAACAUGGUGUUUCAGUUUUUGGCGAUUUCGAUCAUAUUGAAACUCAAAUUCGCCAAAAACUGAGAUAUAGUAAUUGUCAUCUCAAUUUGUCAAGUGUCUCUAAUUUCAAGUAAUAGACCAUAUUAUGUUACGUUUAAGUUAAAAAAAAUAAUGAAUCAUGAUAAAUACUUACAUAACCUAUUUAUUUAUAUGUUAAAAACGGAUAUAUUAUUUUAUUGUUUUUUUUUGUGUUAUUCAUAUAUUCUAAUUUUAAUGGCAGGAUGGGCUUUGUUUUUUGUAAAAAAAUUCAUUGAGUGUAAAUAUCACAAAAAAUGCACACUGUUUUAUGAAUUUUGUUUCACUGUACUUCACUGUUAAUAUGCCUACUUUCUAAACUACCAUCAACACUGUUGUUUUGCAAAGCAAUUUGCAUUUCGCAAGAGGGUAAAGUACGGGCUUUACUCGGUGAAAAAUAUUAAACAAAGCAUCUUUUAUUUAGUGUCUGACCGAACUUUUAGGCUUCAGCCACCUUCGGUCAAACCAUCGGCUUGCUUAAUGGGCGGAAGUUGAAGGAACUGUUACUAAUGCGCAAGAGCGCAAUGGAAGAGUUAUUCUGGGGGAGUCAACAAGACAACAGAUAAUAUCAAUAUAAAAACCCUUAUUUUGUUCAUUUUAUGCCAAUCUUGUACUCUUAGGAUAAUUAAACCUUCAGCUUCGGUCGAAGGUUAUGACUAUAGCCUUCGCUUCGGUCAGAAAACUUCGGUCGGACACUAUUAUUUAUAAUUUUAAGGGUUUCGUUACUUAAUCUUAUGUUAAUGUGAAAACCAUAUUAUUAUUGUUAUUAUCUUAGUUGUUUUACCCACCAAAAUAUUGAAAGCAUUCCAAAGCAAUUUUAUUGGUACAUCUAAUAGUGGUAUUAAUUUUCAAAGAGUUGAUAUUAUUGUAACGUUGAAGCCAAUCCGGUUGUA